GGAGAGCCGGCCUGAGCACAGCGGGGAGUGUAUGUGAUUUUUGAAGAUCCUCUUAACUGAUCAGUAAGGAUGGUUAUAAACGUUUGCCUUCCUCAGUUUAAGCCGAGAAUAGUGUGCAGCAAGAUAAGUGCAGAUGGCUAUGAAGUGGAUAAUCUUAUCUCAGAGGAUCUUGCCAAAAGGAAUCGCGGUUUUCGCUGUGAAUAUUUCAUUAAACCCCCCUUACAUAUAAUUAUCUAUUUUCCCUUUAAUGUAGAUAUAUGUAGGAUUAAUAUAGACACCUCAUCUGGGGGCCACCAUAACUUUUCUGGAAUGGACAUCUAUACAUCUGCUUCUGCUAUGGGCGACCAGCUUCAAAACAAAGACGACUUUCUGAUGGUGGGGAAAGUCUUGCUCAAAAAUCAAAGCAAAGUAACUUUUAAUAAUCGAGGCUUUAAGCCCAGGCGCCCAUUCCAUCAGACAGAUUAUGUGAUGUCUUACCAUGGGUCAUCAUGCCAAGAUCUCUGGAGCAAAGGUCCAUAUUCACUCAGCAGUAUUGCCCAGCUAAAGAUCUGCAUUACUCAUGUAGGUGGUGGUGCUCUAUGUGCUCUUAAAAGAGUGGAGGUAUGGGGCCAGCCAUCAAAGACUUGUCCCAAAGAAGUGGUAGAGGGCGUAUAUCAAGUUGCCUGUUUGAGCCUUCCUAAUGGUUUUGGACAACAAAAUCCUUCCUCCCCAAUGGAAAGCAACCACAUAUCUUACAUUAACUCUGAAAACGCACAACAUGGUCUUGGUGACCUAGCCAAUAUUCUUCGAGAUGUUCCUGAAGAAUUUCUGGACCCCAUAACACUGGAGAUUAUGACAUUACCCAUGCUGCUCCCGUCCGGUAAGGUUAUUGACCAAAGCACACUAGAUAAAUGUAACCAAAGUGAAGCGUCAUGGGGCAGGAUGCCAAGUGAUCCUUUUACAGGGGUACCCUACAGCCAGCAAUCUCAACCUGUUUAUCACCCAACCCUAAAGGUCAGGAUAGACUAUUUUCUUCUGCAGCACAGUAUUCCAGGGUCUAAUAUACUGGGAAGAAAACAAUCCGGGGCAGUUGUAGCUCCUUCCUCUGUAGCGUUGUCUUCCAUGAAAAGAAAAGUUGAGUUUAUGGAAGACUGUGACAAUAAUGAGGACAAUGUACAAACUUAUUUUUCUGCUGUAAGUGGACUCAAUGCAUAUACCUCUGAUUUUAACACAAAGAAGAUGAAAACUGAUAAUGAAUGUCAUUCUUCACAGAUGGAUUGCUCUGCUAGUAUUCCAGAUUCUCUAUCACAUGAGCAAAAGCUGGCACAAAGCCUGGAUCUUGCCUUGUCCGCAACGCUUGGCUCCAUGCCUUCAUACACUGCUAGGUUUACGAAGGGACAGCAGGAGGGAAUACCAGUGGAAAGUGCCGUCAAUAUGCCAUGGAAUUCAUCCUCUGUCAUACCUGAGCAAAAUCGAAGUGCUUUGAUCCAAGGAUGUGCCUCCUGCUUGCGGACAUUUUCGCUUUACUGCAAGACUGAGCCAAUCUAUCAACUUUCAUGCGGACAUCUCAUGUGUCGGCCAUGCUUGUCUGAAAAACAAAAGUCACACACUAUUGUGUGCAUGAAUUGUAACCGGUCAGUUGCUACUCGAGAUGUCCUGAGAGUCCACCUCUAAGUUCCACAGUAAAGAGCGCCAUUGCUGUAUUCCAACAGGAGUACCACCUUCAGAUCCCUGUGCGUACCGUACUUCAAGGAUACCACGCUUAAACCUAAUGACCCUUGCUGCUAAUCUCUGAAAACUAAUGCUUAUUUACUUAGAGGGUCCGUUUUGAGACUGAAUCUUUGCUGAGGAACUACCAGUCGUAGCAUGUUAGAGGUGGGAGACCUUCCUUGCUGACUGGUCCAUUUUGUGUUUACAAUGAGAUUACUCAUUACAUGUACUAGCUUAAAAUGAGGAUGAGCUUAAGGAACGUUCUAUAAUGGAAAUAAGGGCACUUCUAUAACUUGUACCAUGCUCUGUCCCCUUAUGGCUAGUGUGCUUCUAUAUGGUUCCUGUAUUUUGUAUGCCUGUUAAAGCAUACAGGCCUUGUUACUUAGUAGAUAAGUUUCCUCAAGUGAUUCUUCUUGUAAUGUUAUAACUGCAGUAAUUGGGCAGUACUCCUAUACAAACUGCCUUUGUCUUCCUGUAACAGACACUUGAUUGCCUUCCAGUUAGUCCCAUUUUGGUAGAAUCGCAGAGAGAAAUUUGAUCUGAAUUUCCAGAUCUUUGUCACGGUCUUUGGUUACUGGUGUGGUUGGAUCUUCAGAGUGCUUCCUGUUAAAAUUUGCCUUUCAUAAUAGAGUGACAUGGUCUAUUAUUCGUAUAUUUAGGUUUUCCCAUUCCUAAUAUGGCCUCUAACAGAAGUAUACAUAUUUUCUCUCCGUCAUCAGGACAGCAUUUCCUGGCACUUGGUUGCUGACUUAACAGCUGUUGAAGUUUUCUUGUCAUUUUUAGUGAUUCCUGUUAACGGCAGUUAAACAAACCAUCAGAUCUGUGUAUUUUUUAAUGUUUACACGUAUUUGUUUUGCCAAUCAAAUAUAUGUAUUCAAUGGGGGGACAUUUAUAAAAGUGUCAAAGAAGUGAGGCAAUUUUCAGAAACUCUGAAUUACCAUGAAAACCCUUUUUCCUACUGAAUCCACUGGUUUUCAUGGAGAUCGUUUGUGCAUGUUUACAACUUUGUCCCAAUUUUACUUUUGUGCCUAUUUUCCCUGUUAUGUAUUGGUUCAUUCCCCGUCCAGUAUAUGACAGAGCAGAAUAGUUUAAGAAACUACCAAAAACAGAAUACUGCUUUGUGGGAGUUCACAUUCCCCAAUUAUUAAAGUGACACUCCACUUUUUUUUUAUUU